AUGUUCCCUGUGGAUAUUUUAAGCACCUACAGUCAUGAAGACUUGGAGAGUUCAGGAGAGAACUAUAUAUUUAGCCUUCAGAAGGGGAAUCCAAAGAAUCCUGAAUUCUUCUCUGUGCCAGGCCAUACCAAGAUUCCUAUUAAUGUGACAACUGUUGGGUUUGUUCCUAUUUAUGGUGAUGAUACGACACACAAAGUUCUUGCUUUGUUUUCACCGUUGGACUCUCUUAAAGCUGUAGCCCUGUAUCUUGCUGACCAGUGGUGGUCAAUUGAUGACAUUGUGAAAACAUCUUACUGUGCUAAACAGGGGCUUCAUCAGGUGAAGACUGUUGGAGAGAGGAUUGUACUCUAUGUUCUGAACAGAAUUAUCUAUCGGACACAAGAAAGGGGGAGAAAUGAAAUCCCAUUUCUCUGUCAUAGUAGCAAUGCAUAUGCUAAGAUCAUGUGGCAAAAAGGAGAGGCUAUUGGAUAUUAUUCUGUUAAACCAAGAGGAAGUCCUUAUAGCACUUACCAGAAUCAGAAAUAUAAGUUGUCAGUGCUAGAUGCAAUGUUUGUAAGAAAGCAGCAUCGUGGGAGAGACUCUGGGUUAAGAAUAUUGGAAGACUUUGUGAAUUCAUUUAAUGAAGAUGCUCUUGGCAUAAAGUAUCCAUUGUCGGCUUUCAUGUAUACAGCUUGCAAGCAAUAUUUUGAGAAGUACCCUGGGAAUCCUCACCUAUUGUGGGAGGUGGAAGGAGCAGGAAAUUGGUUCCAGAGAACAUCUAUUAUGGCUAUGUUGCAACAUGAAAAGCGCAUAACUGCAGGAGAGGCUUCACAGAAAGAAAAUAAUGUCCAAGCAGAGGUUCCUGUUCAGGAUGCAGCAGUAUCUGAAGAAAUUCCAUCAGAACCUCUUAAUGGUGAGGUAACAGAAGAAACUGAUAACACCCCACUUUUGGCUGGAGAGAAAACAGCAAAUGAAAUUCCAAGCAGUGAAUCAAAACUGCAGUCUGAGAAUCAAGAAGAAGAACCAGUAACAGUAUUUAUUCCGGUAAUGCUUGAGUCUCAGGCAAAACCUUCCGCAGACAGUAUGUCAGAGAAGGUUUUAAAUGCAAAUGAUUCAGAAGUGCUGACUGAGGAAAGUGUGCCAGUAGAGGAGGAGGGUACUGAAGAGCAGCAAGAAUCUGAAAAGAACACCAGUGAAAAAGCAGCUGCUUCCGCAUCGAAGGAAGAACGCUCUGACAAUGGCCUGCCCGACUCUGCAGUAACGCAAACAGCAGAAGAAUCUGUUUUGGAAAACAUAUCAUCAAAACCGGCUUCCUCGUCGGAAGACCAAAAUGAGGAAGCAGGGCACAGCUCACAGGAGGCUUCUGUUCCCUUGAGUCAGAGCUCUUCGACAGCGGUUGAACUCGAGGAUGUUUCUCUUCAGCAGCCUUCUGGACAGGAAGGACAGAAAAACCAGUUGGAAGAGCGCUCAGAGGAGCCUCUUGAGCAGAUAGAUCAGUGCACGCAGACAGCAGUGGAGCGGGCUGCUGACAGCAGCUCUGAGGAGACCGAAAUUGAGAUACCCGUUAUAGAUCGGAGAACCUUGAGAAGAAAGGCCAAAGGCUACAAAGGCCCACCCAAGAAAAAAGGAAAGCCAGCUUAG